AUGUACGCUAAGGGCAUCUACCACGUACAUGUUCGGACGCAUCGACUUCAGCAACGCCAAUUCCCAGAAGGUGCCAAUUCAAUUUACUAUUCUUGUCCAUGGUACUUCAUUACGUGUUUUGCGCCGUUGUCCACCCGAUUGAAGUUGUGCGCAAGUGAGUUUUUGGCACUCGCGCGUUUGAUGUUAUUCCGCAGACAUAGCCCAACGCCAGUCGCACUACCAGUUGCUCUGAUUGCUCCCUCUAAAGAUCAAAAUACGUCACAGACGCAACACGUUACUUUCAAUUCAUUCGCACGAACUCCGAAGACUUUGGAGGAGGUGCCGUCGAUUUCUGCCCAAGUUCCUAAUACAUCUUCAGAUCGGUCUGAUAGUCCUACGAAGAACUACAUCUUUGCUAUCCCAGUGCGUGCGCGCCAUCCACGGAGGGAACCAAGCAGCAGAAAGACAGGAAAUGCUACCAUACAUACUGAUGCCACCGAAGAGCACGCGGCUUUCGAAAGUGAUGCUUUCGCAGUCCAUAUGCCUACGACUCGAUUGCCUAUCAUCGACAGGGCUACCUCUCGGAAUAAGCCAUCACCCGCCGCACAAGCAGAAGCUUAUCAAACGUACAAGGAGAAGGCUCGCCAGGUACGAGAAAGAAACAACUGUACGGGAGUACGGGUCCCGUCUAAGAUUUUAUCCUACGAUUAUACGUCUCCGAAGGUGACUUACCGGACUGCACCUUUUGUCAGAGAGCAUAGCCCACCUUUAAGUUCACCUAAGCCCGCAGGAUCGUUCCCCAUAAGCCCACCGAUACCGCAAUGCUCUUGGAGACAAGCUGAAAAACCGAAUCAUGUUCAGACUUCAUCGCAGACCUUGGGCCAAUCUACCCGAGUGUAUACUGAGCGCAAGCCACUGGGACCCAGUAACCAUGUUGCCUUUCCUAAAACGCGGCUCCACUAUCGCAGUGACUCUGAGGCGGGUGCUUCGAGCUCCACAGCUUCUCCAACACAACCCGGCCCUAUCAGAGUCCGUAUCAAACCGAGAGUACUCAGCCCUGAAAGAGAGCGUGUACAGGUAGAAAGCAACUACCAGCUCUACUGUCAGCAGUUAUCAACAUUCUCGCCCCCUACUUCCCGAUCACCGAGCCCAGUCAAGUCGAUGCCAAACUUCACACGUCAAGUUUCAGUAGAAGGAGACUCACUCUUUGGGUACCGGAGCAGAGAUGUCGCUGGAACGACAGCGGGAGCAGCAUCAUCUUCAGGCAACGACAAGGAACAGGAGAACCCCAAGGCAACAAAGAAGCCAGAAAGGGCAGACAAGCCAUUACCAAAACGAAGCCUGGGAUCCCGUUGGCCAUGGCAUCGUCCUGCAGGCCCUCGACAGCCCAAGCCCGCUCUCACGCCCAUAGUCAUGUCGAAUAUCACUCCAAGAACCAUACCCACAACCGCUGUUCCAAGACUAUCCACAUACAUUAGUCCCUUCGACCGCCACGCCACACCCCCCAUCCCCACCACCCUCCGCAGCCCAGCAGCGACCCGACCCCCAUCACCCCGCAAAACAAUGCCCAUAGCCUCUUCCGUCCCCGAAGGGAAAUUCGAAACCGGCUUCGCGCAAAUCAAGCACCUCGCAUAUGUUCUUUGUAAAAUCGGCCUUGUCAUCUACGCCAUCAUCGCAUUGUGGUUUGUGCUUGAUGCCGUGCGCGAGGCAUUCAACACGAUUAGUGCGCCGUUCCGCUUCAUUAGAUUCGUAGGCGGGUUUGUCUGGGUGGGUGUGCUGUGGGCGGUAGGAUUCCUAGGUGCGACGUGGGAGAGGUGGGGGUUUAGAGUUGCGUUGAAAGGGGGGUAG